GCCCGACGUCCGCGGCCCUCAUCUUCUGUUGCUCCGGGAACCAGGCUGCUCGGCGCCUCCUCGCAGCCGUGCUCCAGCGACCUCGCACACCACAGCAGCGCCGCUUUGAAGUUUAAUUUUGCAGGCCGGAGCCUGGAGCUCGAUCAGGACAUAGUAAACAGGGGGAAAAAAGGGAACUUUUGGAUAAAAAGAAAAGAAAGAGGAUGAAGAUCGGUUCAAGCUAGCACGAGCAGCGUGCAUGCAUGGUUCAUUCAAGUUGGACAAGUUAGCCAAUUCGCCGGCUCCACCGGAUACUCGUACAUGCAUGCGUCUGGAGACGACGACUCGGUGUUCAAUUGAUCUCGUCGGCACCGUACUCUCUGAGAAAUGCAUAGCCGCCGCCAUCAGGCCAUUGUUUACUCUGCGAACUGCAACGACGCUGAUGUGUUGCGGACGUACGCGCUCUCGUCCGUCGUCGCGUCGCCCAUGGCAGGUGGGGGUUAGUUUCUUUCUUUAAUUUUCUGCCCCGGCGCGGCCCGGUACGGUGGAGACAGACGAUCGGGCAGCGCAGCAGGCGGCGGCUGCUACUGUGUUGACGCGGUCCAGUCUGACUCCGGCCUCCUCCUCAUUCCUUCGUUCGAACGACUCCCGUAGGCUAGCAGUGCUAUAUAAGCACCACCGUACCCCAUGCCGGAAACCGUACCCUGCAGAUCAGCUAGCAGCACAAACGACCAAAGACACGACGACAUGUCUCCAGCCCGUCUCGCCGCCGUCGCCGCUGCGGUGCUCCUCGCUGCCGCCCUCCUGCGCGUCGUGCCGGGCGCCAGAGGCCAGGAGGAGACGGAGCACGAGGAGGAGUUCAGCUACGUGCCAGGCGACGAGCACGGGCCGGAGCACUGGGGCAGCAUCAAGGCGGAGUGGGCGGCCUGCGGCGCGGGCCGCAUGCAGUCCCCCAUCGACCUCUCCCACGAGCGCGUAUCGCUGGUGCGAUCCCUCGGCUACCUCUCCCACUCCUACCGCCCCGCCGAGGCCUCCAUCGUCAACCGCGGCCACGACAUCAUGGUGAGGUUCGAGGGCGACGCCGGGAGCCUGGUGAUCAACGGCACGGCCUACUACCUGAGGCAGCUGCACUGGCACUCGCCCACCGAGCACACCGUCGACGGCCGCCGGUACGACAUGGAGCUGCACCUGGUGCACGAGAGCGCCGAGAACAAGGCCGCGGUGAUCGCCGUCCUGUACGAGAUCGGCGGCCACGACGACGCGCUGCUCCGCCAGCUGGAGCCCGCCAUCAGGCGCGUCGCGGACGUGCGGGACCGGGAGAUGCGCGUGGGCGUCGUGGACCCCCGGCGCGCGCGCGGCCGCGCCAGCGUCUACUACCGCUACGUCGGCUCGCUCACCGCGCCGCCCUGCACCGAGGGCGUCAUCUGGACCAUCGUCAAGAGGGUUCGCAGCGUGUCCAAGCACCAGCUGGAGCUUCUCAGGGAAGCUGUGCACGACGACAUGGAGAACAACGCGAGGCCGCUUCAGGAGGCGAACCACAGAGACGUCAGCAUGUUCCGACCCAAGCCCAACAAGCAGUAUUAGGGCCCGGCCCGUUUCCAGCCUCGUAUUAGUGAUGCGUACAUAUGGGCUCGCUCCGACGACAUGGCGGGCGUCUGUAGGACACGUUCAGUCCCGGUGAAAUUAGAUUAAGAAAUUCCGUAGUUUCUAUUGUUCCUAAUUUUUUUUCUUCUGUUUAUGUUCCUUCGUUGUAUGAGUAAAUAAAGAUGCUUAUUCAUGUCCACUUUCAUUGAA